AUGACAGAAGAAAUUUCUGAUGCGGUAGAACUUACAAACUUUUCUGUUCCACCAACAAUUUAUACCGAUGACGGAAUUGAACAAGUUGAAGUAUUUUCUGCUUCAGCAGAAAAACAAAAACUUUCACUUCUAUAUCGAAAGGGUUUUAGUAACGGUAAAGAAACCAUUAAAGCAGUUGAACUAAAAGUUUCUGGUGAAUUACCAAAAUGGUUGUCUGGUGAAUAUUUCACUGUCGGUCCGGGUACUUACGAUGUAAAAUAUAAUAGAAUGAUAGAAACUAAUGUUGGUUUCGAAACUGGAACUACUACUUUCUCUAUGGGUCAUUGGUUUGACGGUCUUCCCCUGGUAAAUCGAUUUGCAUUAGACGGUGCAAAUAAUAAAAUAAAUUAUCGAUCUAAACUUACCAGUAAAAAAUUUGAAACCAAAAUACGAGAACAUCAUGGAAUUGUUACGAGGCAUCCAUUCUCUUUAUUUAAAACACACCCAAAUCAAACACCUUUAGCCAAAUUUCUUGGAAAAAAAAGAACAAAUAAACCUGAAUUGGAAUCAUGUUCUGCUAGUAUCAAUAAUAAUUUUCCAUUUAGUAAGCCGGGAGAAAAACCAAAAAUUUAUUGUCAGAAUCAUGCUAAACUCGAUGCUUAUGAUCUAACACCUUUACGAGUUUUUUCUUGGGAUGAAAUUGAUCCAUCAUUUCGAGGAGAUCAUGCAUCACCUCAUUCGCAUUUUGAUGAAACUACUGGAGAAUUAAUUAAUUUUAAUAUGGAAUAUCAUCCAGUGGCAACAAAAUAUAAUUUCUUUUCAAUAUCUGAAAAAUAUCCAAAGGGACAAUUGAUUGCUUCUGUUAUGGCAAAGGCUUCUUACGUUCAUAGCUUUAGUGUUACUCCCAGAUUUAUCAUUUUGGUAAUUUUCCCAUUUUAUGGAAAAAAUGCUGGCAUUAAUUUUAAAUGGUCAGAUAACAUCUUAGAUUCGUUUGUAUUUAAACCAGAAGAACCUACAUUAUUUUAUGUCAUUUCAAGAGAAAAGAAAGAACAUGUCGCUAUUUAUAAAUCUGAAGCUUAUGAAGAUAAUAAUUUAUAUUUGGAUAUUGUAUGUUACGAUUCAGAGUAUAUUGCACGUUACUUAACCCUUGAGAAUUUUCGUCAAGGAUUGCCCAUUCGUUUACCUUUGGCAGAAGUUCGUAGAUUCGCUUUAUUAAACAUCCAACGUGAAUCAAUAAAAUACUUAAAUAAUGCUCAAGUGAAUCAAAGUACGAUGGCUUCGAUAUUUAAAAGGAGUUCCGUUUAUUAUAGUCAACAAAUUCCUCAUCCAUGGCCUGAAGCUAAUUAUGUUAGAUGUUCAGAUUCAGCUUUGGAACUUCCAGCUAUUAAUCCAAAGUUAAAACGUCGUAAAUAUCGUUACGUUUAUGGCAUUGGGUUUUCUGAACGAGCAGCUAAACAAGUUACUGAAAUUUGGGAUUCCCUCAUUAAGAAUGUAAAAGCAGUUGCAAUGUGGUCAGUUGAGAAUUGUUAUCCAUCUGAACCUGUGUUUGUACCACAUCCAGGUCAAGACAAUGAUGAGGAUGAUGGUGUAGUACUAAGUGUUGUCUUUGAUGGUGCAAAUGUUCAAAGUUUUUUAGUUGUACUUGAUGCCAAAACAAUGACUGAAUUGGCUAGAGUUGAACUACCUCAAGUUGUGCCGUUAUCUUUUGGUCAUGGGACAUUUAAAGAAACCUCCGUAUAA